UACACGAAUCUGUGCAGAGCAGAAGGUCGUAGUGGCAUGCGGAGACGCUGGUGUUUAUGAUGAUGAUGUGGUCGGUGGUCUCGUACCUGAGCGGCUCGGAAUUGGUGGCCGGUUACCAGCGCGCCUGCGGGUUAUUUCCAGCCCCACGCACCACUCACGAGCGGCUCUGUCCUGACAGCACGCGGACCCACAGCCGCGCGAACGGCACGUCACCGCCAUGCCAGAACAGUGAGCACGCGGCGAAAGGAUGCAAAAGCGACGUCUGGAGUUCUCAGUACGAGGUGAGAAACUGGCCACUGUACUACCUCUUUGUGGCAUCUGCCACUCUGGGAAAUGAAGUGUUCUACAUCUCCUUUCUGCCCUUUAUCCACUGGAACCUGGAUCCCUUCCUGUGCCGCCGCCUCGUCAACAUGUGGGCUGUGAGAGACAGAAACACAGAUUUAAUAUAAAAAUACAAAGCAAAUAAACACAAUAAAUUUAUACUAAUACACACACAAUAUAGGACAGGUGAUUGUUACUCUCUCUCUAUACAUAUACAGGUGGUGAUGUAUAAUAGGACUGGUGAUUGUUACUCUCUCUCUCUCUAUAUAUAUAUAUAUACAGUAUCUCACAAAAGUGAGUACACCCCUCACAUUUUUGUAAAUAUUUGAUUAUAUCUUUUCAUGUGACAACACUGAAGAAAUGACACUUUGCUACAAUGUAAAGUAGUGAGUGUACAGCUUGUGUAACAGUGUAAAUUUGCUGUCCCAAAAGACAAAAACUCAAACGAAGAAAAGAAACUGGAUAGGGCAGUUGCUGAAUUCAUAUGCAUGGAUCAAGUUCCUGUCUACACUGUAGAAAAGCAUGGAUUCCAGCAAAUGCUUCAGCAGUUCAACCCCAGA